GUGCGUGCGUGUUGUCUCUGUUUCUUUUCCUCCUCCAUUGAUUUUCCCGGAAAACAAAAGAAAAGAAAAUGAGGUGGGACAGAUUAGAACUUGUAGGCGGAGAAGGAGAGCAGAGAGAGGAGGAAGUGUUGGUGGGUGGUUCUUCUGGGCCAGGGAAGCGGUGGGGUCACACCUGCAACGCCAUUAAAGAAGGGAGAUUUCUCUACGUCUUUGGUGGUUAUGGCAAAGAUAACUGUCAGACCAACCAAGUACACUUCUUCAACUCUGCCACACAGACAUGGAGGCAGCCAGUGAUAAAAGGCACACCCCCGACCCGGAGGGACAGCCAUAGUUGUACUACUGUUGGUGAUAAUCUCUAUGUAUUUGGUGGUACAGAUGGGAUGAAUCCUCUCAAUGAUUUGCAUAUAUUAGACACUUCCUCACAUACAUGGAUAUCUCCAAGUCUAAGGGGAGAAGGACCGGAGGCGCGAGAGGGCCAUAGUGCAGCCCUUGUUGGUAAACGGCUGUUCAUAUUUGGCGGUUGUGGCAAAUCUUCUAGUAGUAACGAGGAGGUGUACUACAAUGAUCUCUACAUAUUAAAUACAGAGACAUUUGUAUGGAAACGAGCUACUACAUCAGGCACACCACCAUCUCCACGCGAUAGCCAUACUUGCUCUUCUUGGAAGAACAAUUUCAUUGUGAUUGGUGGUGAAGAUGGGCAUGAUUACUAUUUGUCUGAUGUUCAUAUCCUUGACACAGAUACUCUAGUCUGGAGAGAGCUGAACACUUUGGGCCAUUUAUUGACCCCUCGUGCUGGUCACUCGACUGUUGCUUUUGGCAAGAAGUUAUUUGUUUUUGGUGGAUUUACAGAUGCCCAAAAUCUCUACAAUGACCUGUACAUGCUAGAUAUUGAUACUGGGGUAUGGACCAAGGUUGCUACUGUAGGCGAUGGUCCUUCUGCUAGAUUCUCUGUGGCAGGAGACUGUUUGGAUCCACACAGGAGAGGUGUUCUUGCAUUUUUGGGUGGUUGCAAUAAGAGUCUUGAGGCACUCGGUGAUAUGUAUUACUUGCAUACAGGACUUAUUAAGGAAAGUGAACAGAGGCUCGAGAAACUGUCGCUGAGGAAGCAGUUGAAGCUUAAGUGCCAAGAACAAAAUCUUACUCCUAUUCAUGACAAGUCUCUUGUGAGAGUUGGCAUUGGGGCUAAUAUUUACCAACCUGUGACAGUGCCAGUUUAUGGCCAAGCAUACAUACAGAAUAUCAGUUUGAUACAGUCCCCACCACUACAGGGAAAGAAAACAUUUCAAGCCAGGGUUACUGAAAGAAUCUCAGAUGGAUAUACUAUUGAAACUUACAUUGAUGGAAAGCCUCUUCGCGGAAUAUUGUUCUCUGGCAGGCAAGACUAUAACCAUACGGCUAUUCCUACUAGUAGUAGGAAGCGGGCUGCUGGGGAAACUGGAGAUGGUUUGCAAAAUGGUGACUAUAGCAGCCAAACAAAAAGUUCUAGGGUCCUGAAGCUGGAUACUGUAGAUAACAGAGAGGCGGUUAAUGUUUAUGAACAAGAGUCAUCGUCACAUGAGCUCCAGAUAGAAGGUGCUGCGGUUCCUACUUCGAAGGAUCAACCAUGUUUUGAUACUCAGAAACACAAGGACACUGAACCACUGGUGACUCCUUUGGAUUUGGGAAAUGAGCAGUCAAAAAAUGCAACAAAUUUCAACCCCGAAGUUCCAGGAGAGGACAGGACAAACAGUGCUCCAAAUGGUAAUGGUGAGAUUCCGAAAGAAAAGCCGUCUGCCCCAGCAAAUAACUCUAAUUUGAUGUCCCUUGAUCAAGAUGACAGGACAUUAACCUCUGGACACAAUGAAGCAGCUACUUCAACUUGAAACAGGUUGAUCAUUAACGGGUAACUUCUAGAGACUAGAAAAUGCACAAAUGACUGUCUUUUGUACAUUCGUCUAAGGUGAUCAUAGAAUGCAUAUGACAAGAUAAUACAGGAUUCGCUAACUGGCGGUAUUUCCCACCACCUAACUCUUUUUAGGUCUAAAGCUGUUUAGUUCUAUGUAGUUUGUGUCUAAGAGUGGCGAUUUUAUGAUGACUCCUGGUUCGGAUUGAGCCGGCUUCGUAUAUUUUUGGACAAAGAGGUUACUUCCCAGAAGCUGGUGACUUGUUUAGAUAUGUUUUAGCAGCAAGAAAGAAUCAGAUGGCACUUGCAGCACUUUUCUGCUGGUUCCAUUUCCAUGAGAUGUCAAAGAUGGCCUGAAGUAUUUAUUUAUUUUGUUUCUUUCCAUUUCUAAACUGAAAAAAGGAAGUACAGAAUCUCUGGAAGAGAAUUUCAUUUUGGAAAGCUUUUUCUAGGGAGGGAUUUGUCUCUCUUUUCUUUUUGGUCAAAGGUUCCAUAUUUAUAUACACUCCUUGACGGCUUCAAGGGAAGAUAAUUUCUUGCAUUUGUCUUAUCUACAAUUAAAGAUUAACAUUUUGAGUAGUGGUAUUAUCACCGUCACCAUUGAGCUAUAU